GGUCAUUCAUAAGCACAGUACACGCCACUCUAAAUAAAUAGAUCACCAACCUUUUUACGUUUUUGUUUAACGACUAGUAAAUUAAUUCGAAAAUGAAAACCUGUGCAGCCUGCAAUGUGCAGUUUCAUGAUGGCGUUCAAUGCGGUAGUUGCAAGAAACACCUGGACUUUGGGUGUGCAAACAUUUCUGAAUCUGGGUGGAGGAAAGUGGGUUCUGCUAGAAUGGCCCAAUGGAAAUGUCCCAUGUGCAGAAGCUCAUCGCCAGCUGUAUCCACCCCUGAACCUACAUCUCUGGAUACCAUACUCGGUGAGAUACGUGAUAUGAAACGCCAGUUGCUUAACUUACCAGCACUGGUAGACGACAUCCGAGCCAUAAGGGAUGAGUUGGCGGGACUCAAAAUAUCCUGUGAACGCACUGGUGGGAGACUGGAUGAAUUUGAAACAAGACUCACGGAAGUGGAAGAAAAGGUUUCAAAAUUCGAUAAUCUCCAUGAAACAGUAAACCGUUUGCAAACGGAUUUGUCGAGCACCAAGUUUCUACAGUCAAGCAACGAACAACGUUCCAGAUUGAACAACGUUGAGAUUAAGGGGGUUCCAGUAAAGAAGGAUGAAAAUCUAUUUUCUAUCUUCGAAGCAAUAGGAGAAAGGAUUAACUACAACUGUCCAAAAUCCCAGGUGAAUUACAUCUCAAGAGUUCCGAUAUUUAAUUCAAACGAAAAGUUAAUUAUUAUAAGCUUUUUAAAUCGAUACGUGAAAGAGGAUUUUGUUGCGGCGGCGCGUGCCAAUAAGGAUCUAUCCACUUCGGAUAUUGGCUUUCAAGGUUCAUCUCAGCGUGUGUAUGUCAAUGAUCACCUUAGCAUUGAAUACAAGAAACUCCUAAGUAAGGUUAAAUCAACUGCCAAGGACAAACAGUAUGAGUAUGUAUGGGUGAAGCAUAGUAAAAUACACGUACUUAAAAAUAAAUACUCUAAAGUAAUUAUUAUAAGGAAGGACUCGGAUUUAAACAAACUUAUCUAAUAUGCUUCUUAAAUUUAACCUUUCUAUUUUGUUAUUAUACGUCGCUUCAAUUUUCUCAAUUUACUAAUAACGUAUUCACCAUACUAAAAAGUUACAAACUGUUUAAAACCUCUGCCGCACUGGUACCUAUACACUCGAAUCCUCGUAAUGAUUUAUGUUCAACUACCUGUGAUCGGUAUCGCGCUGUUUACUUUAAAGCUGCACGGCACCACUAUCUGUUUUAUUCUUUCGCACUUGCAUGCACCGCGCGCUGUUGCUUGCCUUUUUGCACAAAUAUUAAUUAUUUUAUAACAUCGACCAACUAUUGCCCUCACACAAAUUUUACUAACUUUAUUAAGAACUACCUUCAUAACACAUAUUAUGUAUUUAUAUUAUACCUUAAAUUGCAAUAUUUUUUAAUGGAACAAUCUAUUUUAAUAGAUUAUGCGAAUUUAUAUGCUAUUAAUGAUAAUAAAUUCAAUGGCUCCUAAAUUAAAUAUUUAUUAUCAAAACGUUCGCGGCCUUAGAACGAAAAGUGAUACAUUCUAUCGUCAAAUGUCACUCAACUCCUAUGAUGUUAUUGUUCUUACAGAGACGUGGUUAUUGGAUGGAAUCUUAAAUUCUGAAUUCUUUGACGAACGAUACAUUGUGUGGCGCCGGGAUCGGGACUAUGUUACUACCGGGCAGUCCCGUGGAGGGGGUGUACUUAUCGCCACACGCAGAGAGCUUUCGGUUGUGUGCCAACCUACGUUCUAUUCUACGGCAGAGGAUCUAUGGUUGAGCAUACGUCUGAGGGAAUCGAAUACGCGAAAAUACACGAAUCUACAUAUUUGCGUUGUCUAUUUGUGUCAACAAAACUUGGGCCUUUCUUUUUCAUUACAACUUUUAAACUACCUUACAAAAUUAAAUCAAAUAGUCAUGAGUGGCCCCUCGGAUGCUUUUCUUGUUGUUGGUGACUUCAACAUGAGUAGUAUUAAGUGGGUGUUGUCCGAGAAUCUAUCUUUCAUUCCUAUCGACCCAGUGGGUCAAGACGAAGUUAUGCUUAUUGAUGAAUUACAUACCCUCGACCUUGGUCAAUACAACGGUGUUCAUAAUCGAUAUGACAAAAUUCUAGAUUUGGUACUUUCUAACCGAUUAGUUGACGUGACCGAAUGCCCAAGUCCGUUGGUUCCCAUUGAUGCUUACCACCCAGCACUUUUAAUUGGUAUAAAUUUCAUUGCCCCUCUAUUGGAAUGCGCGACUCGGACACAGUUCUUAUUCGACAAGGGUGACUAUGAAUCUAUCAACAAAGAGAUUAGUACAACCAGCUGGGAAUCUGAGUUUGCAACACGAUCAAUUGAUGAUUCAGUAACUUUUUUCAACCAAAACAUCAUUAAUUUACAUUUAAAACAUAUCCCACAGAAAUUACAACGUAAAAAUGCAUAUCCAACUUGGUACAACUCAUCAUUGAUUAAUACAAUUAAAGAAAAAUAUAAGUAUUUAAAAAAAUUUAAGACUUACGGUAACGUAGCUGACGAGUUAACAUUUAAGCUUCUUCGUCAAAGGGUGAAGGAGUUGGAAUCUGAGUGUUAUAAGAACUACCUCAACUUAACCGAAAACUCAAUCAAAGUAAACCCGAAACACUUUUGGACCUUCGUUAAAAAACGACACAACUCACAUGCAAUUCCUAGUACCCUAAAUUUCAACAAUGAAAUGUUGCGAACCGGAAACUCAAUAUGUGAGGCUUUCUCGAAAUACUUCCUUUCUACUUUUCUCGAUGCCAGUCCAACUUCUUAUAGUGGGCCUUUCACUCCCUCAGCUGAACUUCCGGCUCGGUCCGAUAUUUGCAGUGUCGAGGUAAGCGAGGAUGAGGUUUCCAGGUUACUUCGUAAACUGGAUACAUCUAAAGCAGCGGGCCCUGAUAACAUUUCAUCCAAAUUUCUUGUACGGUGUGUAACGUCAAUUACCCGGCCCAUUACUAUUUUAUUUAAGAAGUCUCUAGAUUGUUGCAUUGUGCCCAAACUUUGGAAAUCGGCAUUUAUAACACCAAUUCAUAAAAAAGGAGUAAAAACUGAAAUAAUUAAUUACAGACCAAUUUCUAAACUAUGUAUUAUAGCAAAAAUCUUUGAAAGAAUUAUCUACAAUCAGGUAUAUAGUGCACUCAAUAACUCUUUUAGUUCUUUCCAACACGGUUUUUUGAAAGGAAGGUCCACCGUCACUAACUUAAUUCUUCUUAAUGAUUUCAUUACUGAUGCUAUGGACAGGGGUGGGCAGGUCGAUGUCGUUUAUACAGACUACAGUAAAGCUUUUGAUCGAAUUCAACAUGAAAUAUUAUUAUCUAAGAUGGAUAGUGUGGGAAUACGUGGUGAUCUACUCAGAUGGUUUUCCUCGUAUCUGAGAAACCGGUCUCAAGCAGUAGUAUUAAGUAAUUAUAUGUCUGGUUGGGUACCUGUCCCCAGUGGAGUUCCGCAGGGUUCUUUGCUCGGCCCAUUACUCUUUAUCAUCUAUAUAAACGACAUUGAUUCAUGUCUGAUCUCAUCAAAGUUACUGUGUUUUGCCGAUGAUAUGAAAAUCUUUUCAAAAAUAUCAUCACAGACCGAUGUGGCUGCGUUACAGGUUGACCUGUGUCGACUGGAAGCUUACUGUCGCGAGCGUAGGCUGGAUCUAAAUCCCUCAAAAUGUUCGGUGGUGACAUAUUCCCGAAAGCGCACUAAUAUAGUUGCAUCAUAUACCUUGGGAGAUCAAACACUUCCUAGAUCAGAUAUCAUCCGAGAUCUGGGGGUUCAUCAUGACACUAAGCUCACUUUUGAGGGUCAUGUUA